AUGCCCUUCUUCUCCAACUUCCGCCGUCGUUCUAAGGCCAGCUUCAAGUCCAACGACACCAGAUCCAAUGAAUCGCAGUCUAAUGGUGAAGUGACUUCUGGUCAAUCUUCUUUGACUCUCGAUACGUCCUCUCACAGCUCCGUUACUCCUCCGUCCUCUAUCAAGCCCAAUGGUACUUCGUCGUCGCCAAAUCUUCCCGCGCUGAAUGAAGCUCCUACCACCAACAGCAGCAGCACGAGCAGUGGAGGAACCAGCAUGCCGGCAACCGUGCCGCCCCAACGGCCGGGUCCGUAUGUGACCCCAUCUCAACGGAAUAGCACCUUCGGUGGAAGCUCCAUGUCAGUCAACAGUGCUGCCCGGUCGCCAGUGCCCUCCUCUCCCUACGCUCCGAGAAUUAUCUCCGUCGCAGAUGGUUCAUGGGUACACCAAAAGGUGCUGCUCGUUUACGGUCAGAUAGGUGACCCAAGACUGCAUCCGCUGGACGGAUGUGUCACCGUCAACCAUCAUCACGAUAGCUAUCCCCCGGUCUCGUGGCCCGUUAACUCCUCGCACUUCAAAGCUCUCGUCCACCUCUCCCCGGGACCGAACCGACUGCGAUUCGACUUUGUCUCCUCGAAAUUAUCGUCCGGAAGCUCUCAUCCCGCGAUUCAUUCGACAUGGAUCUGUAUCAAUCACUUGCCUUUAGUCAAUACUGCACCCCUUCAUCUGGUCAUGCUGUUAGGGAAAGAUUCGGAUGGAACCUUUGAUGCGGUGCCGGAGCGAGUGCAGCGUGAAGGGAAUGGGCUGGAAAUUGCCACAAAAAAGUAUCGCAUGGCUGCGUACCUUUGGCAAGCGUUCACAGGCGAGCAGAUGUUCCGCAACAACUUCGGGCGUCGUUGCUUCCGGUUUGAGGAAGAGUGGCAGACUGGCACCUUGAGCCGUCGCGAUACCGCUAUGGGACAGAUGCGCAACGAGGCCAAAGUUCAUGUCGUCCGGACUGACAAGACGGUCGCGGAGCUCAGGGACCUCGAAAUCGCUCAGCAGCAUGGUCCGGCCACCAAAAAGGACGAAUUGUUCCGUAUUGCGAAGGCGGCCGUGCGGGAUUAUUUCCAUCCCCAACCUGGGCAAAAACAGUACGUCGCAGUCAUGCUCAUGGAUUCGCACUGGGACAAGCAAUCCCAGGUCAUCACUGGCCACGCGGCUCUCGGAUCAGGAGGUGACGAUAUCAAGAUGGCCAUCUUCGGUUCGCACAGUCUUCAGAGCUAUCCGUCCAGUUUGGAAGAGGUUGUGGAAGCCCUCUCCGAUUGCACGCGCACCGACACCUCAUUCGUCGCAAACGAUUGCGGCGAGGCUGGUUCGAACUGGGAAUCUGCCGUCUUGGGGAUCGGAGCUCAUCUCCACGAAGUCGGCCAUCUCUUUGGGUCUCCGCACCAGGAGUCGGGCGUCAUGCUCCGAGACUAUGUGCGUCUGAACCGGACAUUCAUGACGCGGGAGCCGUUUUCCACUCGCACCAAGACUCAGGGACUGAAGUUAUGUUUGCCUCAGGAUGAAUGCAGCUGGCACCGUCUGGACGUUUUGCGUUUCCGUUUCCACCCCUGCUUCCGAUUGCCGGGGGAUGCUCCCAUGAUUUCGGACGAUAGCGUUCAGGUCUGGCCUGUGGAAAGCGGAAAGAUUCUUUUCACCGCUACGUCGGGCGUGGCGUUCAUUGAAUUAUAUGCUGAGGGAGAUGAUGUCUGCCACGGCUUCAUCGAAUAUGUAAACACCGAGUCUAGUAGCAAUGGGCUUCCGAAGCAAGUCACUGUCACAGAGAACGAACUCCGACAACGUUUAGCUGGAAGUGACAAGGACAAGAAGAAGAAGAAGCUUAAGUUGAACGUUGUGUCUGGGGCUCUUGGCAGUUAUGCUGUGGAUGAUAUCGGGAGUUUGGGCUCCAAACUGUCUCUGGUGAAAUUACCCAAGAGCCAGUCGGGGUAUAUGAGCGGAAAACUCGGGUUCUCGCAGAUGGAAGGCAGCCAACCCGAACAGCUCUUGUUGGACUGCGCCUUUGUUUCCACUAAGCUGUUAACCUCGGUUAAAGUUUAUCAUGGACUAGCCCUGGAUGGGCUAGAGUUCUUCUAUGAAGAUGCCACGAGCCAGCUCUUUGGCAAACGGGGCGGCAAGCCUGGUGGAGAUGAAUUCGUGUUUGAUAUUCGACGAGGCGAGAUUUUACUGGGAUUCUACGUCAGAGCUGGAGCUUGGAUCGACGGUAUUGAGAUCCUCACGAGCCUGGGACGGAAAUCGGGAGUGUAUGGGAAUGCGAACGGAGGUUCAGGACACACGUUGAUACCACCACUAGGUUAUAAGGUAGCUGGCAUUUCCGGCUCCAGUGGAGCUUGGGUGGACGGAUUCUCGUUGAUUAUCAUGCAUUGA